UAAAUGGCGUGUCGUGGGGAAACGAGGCCGCUCGACAGAAGAGUCACACUUUCACUUGCCGGAUGCUGGUCAAAUUUGGCCACGCCCAUGGGCCCAUGGAGGAGGGGCCAGGAGGACCACGAUACGAGACCAUGCAGUGUUUUGCUCUCACUCAGCCCAAGGCCAUGAUUGAAGAAGGAGAAGACCUUCAGUCAUGUAUGAUCUGUGUGGCCCGUCGGGUCACGGCUGUGGAGAGGACGGAGAGCUUCAACACCCGACACGAGCUCUCAGGUAAACUGAUUCAGAUCGACCAGACGUCUCUGCGAGCGUCGAUGCGCCCGGGCUGGGAGGACUUGUUGAGGCGUUGCAUCCAGAUGUUCCUGCAGCACAGCGACGGGCAGCCCUUUUCGCACAAACGCCACUACCAUGAGGCCUUUCUCCAGGGUCAUGCCGAGACGCCCCUGUACCGCUUUUCUCUGUCCGACGGCACUCCAGUCACAGCCCAGACCAAGAGCAAACUGUACCGACAUCCCAUGAGCAACGAGCCGCAAGGUUUCAUCUCAACUCACCUGCUGCAGAGGGAACCCAAUGGUUACAGCUCAGCUCCAGGGGGUAACAUGAUGGCCAACACUAUGCGACAGCAAGGGAUGGGCGGGGCCAACAUGAACGCCCAAAUGAAUGUGAACGCGGGUGGGGGGAUGGGGAUGGGAGGCAUGGGCGGCAUGAACAGGGGCUUCGGCAUGAAUGAGCAGGGCCACAUGGGUCACAUGGGUCCGAACAUGGGUCCAAAUAUGGGUCCGAACAUGGGUCCAAACAUGGGUCCAAACAUGGGUCCAAAUAUGGGUCCAAAUAUGGGUCCGAUGGGAGGUGGCUCUAUGUAUGGAGGGAACAAUGGAGGCGGAGGAGGUGGUGGAGGCAUGGGCGGUCGCAUGAUGCAGAUGAAUCAGGUGGGACACAUGAAUCAGGUGGGACACAUGAAUCAGGUGGGACACAUGAAUCAGGUGGGACACAUGAAUCAGAUGAACCAGAUGGGGCCCAUGAGUCACCAGGCCCAAGGCAUGCAGCAGCAUCCGCAGCAGCCCCCGUUUCAGAGCAGCAGCGGGUUUGGCCUUGGCGGCAUGAACAGCCCAUCGGGAAGUCCCAGAAUGGGCGGACCCCAACAGGGACUCCUGAUGUCCCCCCGGAAUCGAGGGAGCCCAAAAAUGGGUGCCAACCAGUUCUCCCCAGGAGGGAUCCACUCUCCUAUGAGUGGGCUUGGCAGUGGAGGAGCGGGACCAGGAAGCACCUGUACCUUCUCCAGCAGCUCUCUCAAUGCGCUACAAGCCAUCAGUGAAGGAGUGGGGAGCUCACUGCCCUCCACCCUAACAUCCCCAUCACCGGUCCACAAACCGGACAGCUCCCCCAGCAUCCACUCGUCCUCUUCCUCCAACCAGCAGUCCAAACCUGGCCAAGAGGGCUCCAAAAGUCCGUCCGGAAGCUUAGGGUCUGGACCCAGUGACCAUCACCUCCCAGUGCACCACCACCACCAUCAUCAGCACCCUCCUUCCGAGAGUACUGGAGACGGACCCGACAGUCAGGCAGCUACCGUGAAUAAAGAGACGGCAGAGGGAAGCAAUGAGGCAGGGGUGGCGAGCUCAGAUCCCCCACGGAGGGUCCCGGACAGCAAAGGACACAAAAAGUUGUUGCAGUUACUGACGUCUCCCACUGAGGAGCUGGGGAUGGGUGGAAGUGGUCCAACAGGACCCCCUGUACCACCCCCGGCAAACAGCAGCAGCACUCCUGUGGGAUCAGACAGCAAGGACCCCACUGGCGGCAUGACCAGCCCCUCGUCCACAGGGGUGUCCUCCUCGUCCUCAGCCGGUGCAGGACAGGCGGCGGCCCACUACACCGGCUCGCUGCAGGAGAAGCACAAGAUCCUCCACAAACUGCUGCAGAACGGCAAUACACCAGACGAAGUGGCUAAGAUCACGGCCGAGGCUACGGGAAAGGUGUCGCUCGGGGGCCAGGAGGGCAGCGAGGGCGGGACGGCAGGCCCAGGGGCCGCAUCGGGCCCUGGGCUAAUCACAGAUCCUAAACAGGAGCAGCAUAGCCCCAAGAAGGAGAAGACCCACGCCCUCCUCCAUUACCUUCUCAACAAAGACGAUUCCAAAGAGCCGGUGGAUGUCAAGCCCAAACUGGAGGAUCUGGAAGGAAAUGGACCUCCAGGAGCCGCGGGGGGCACCGCACCUGAACAUCCUGAGAGCAAGAUCAAGUCAGAACCACCAGAUGAUUUGCACAACCUGGAGUCGAUCCUGGGAGAUCUCAGGGGUUCAAGCUCCGAUUUCUACUCUGAUCAAGCUGGAGCUGCAGGACCCAACGACACAGGGAACAAACCCCUCGGUUGCCUUGAAGACGGCCUGCAGGGGAGUCCGGUCAUGGGUCCAGGAGGUCGAGGGUCCUUCCAGAGGGCCCUAUCUAUGGAUGGGAAGCCUCCUGUUGGGCCUGGAGGAGCAGCUAGACGCCCUGCUCUCGUCAAACAGGAGAACGUGAUGGGUGGCUCAGACAGUUGCCCGGGAAGCAUGGGCCCAAUGAAUAGAAGCAUGGUUCCGCAGAGGUCUCCCAUGGGGGGUUCCGGAGAUUGGGGCAAGCCCCGCUCCAGUGCCAGCCCCAUGGGUUCAGCGGGACACCCGUCCAUGAUGCGCUCCAGCAUGGAGUACAACAAUGGGAAGAUGAUGUCCGGACCAAUGGUCAGCCGCUCCAACAGCGUACCAGGCACCAGGUCCAUGCUGCAGCAGCAGCUCAUGGAUAUGGGUGGUUCUGCUGAUGGUGGGAUGGGUAUGAGCCCCUUCAGCCAGCAGGGUCAGCCCAGUCAGUCCCCCUCCUGGCUGGAGAACAUGAUGAGCAUGGAGGGCAGCAGACGGCAGUUUGGCAACCCCUUGGAUGACCUUCUGGUGGCCCCCACUAGCAGUGAAGGUCAGAGUGAUGAGCGGGCCCUUCUGGACCAGCUGGAUUCGCUGCUGAAUAACGCAGAUGGCAUCGCUUUGGAGGAGAUAGACCGAGCUCUUGGCAUCCCAGACCUCGUCAGCCAGACCCAGGGGGCGGAGCAGCAGCUGGAGCAUUUCCCCGGCCAGGACCCGUCCAUGCUGCUUGACCAAAAACCCCUGUACGGUCAGGGCUAUCCCGGACCGCCCUCCAUGCCUAUGCAGUCUGGCUAUGGAGGAAACCCCAUGCAGGGUCAGGGCCAGCAGGGUGGGUUCGGACCCAUGCUUUCACCAAUGGGCCAAGGUGGGAACUUCCCUGGCAUGGGUGGAAUGGGGGGCAUGGGGCAUCCACGGGCCAACAUGAUGAGACCCAGGAUGAUGAGCACUAACAAGCCCAUGAGGCUGCAACUGCAGCAGAGGCUGCAAGGACAACAGUUUAUGAAUCAGACGCGACAGGGCAUGGCCAUGAAGAUGGAAAACGCUGGUGGAAACCUUAACAUGAGGCCCAACAUGCAGCCUGGCAUGGGAGGACAGCCGGGUUUCCUAAGCGCUCCGAUGAUGGCCCAGCGCAGAGACGUGGUCACCAUGCAGAUGAGGCGGCAGCGUAUGAUGAUGCUGAUGCAGCAGCAGCAACAGGCAGCGGCAGCAGCUGCCGCGGGAGGAUUCAGCCCCCCGCCCAACGUCACGGCUCCCGGCGGCAUGGACGGUCACAUGGGAGGGCCGAACAUGGGCCAGCCGGGACCCCAGCAGUUUGGCUACGGCGGCAACUACGGAAUGGGCCAGCAGGGAGACCCCUCUUUUGGUCCGUCAGGUGGCAGUCCUCCUAAUGCCAUGAUGCCAAACCGCAUGGGGCCUCAAAACCCCAUGAUUCAACAGCACCCACAAGGCGGCCCCAUGUACCAGGGUGCUGACAUGAAAGGCUGGUCACAGGGAGGCAUGGGACGCAACAGUUCGUACCCUCAGCAGCAGUUUGGUCCGCAGGCGCCUCUGGGGCAGCAGCAGUUUGGGCAGCAGGGGAAUCCGGGGCAGUAUGGAGGCAUGAUGAUGAAUGGGGGCAUGCCGACCGGUGGAGGAGGGGCUCACAUGGGCCAGAUGGGGAUGAACCCAAUGGUUAUGGGACGCAUGUCUAUGGGGCCCGAUCAGAAAUACUGCUGAACGACACGACAGAAGCUUUUGCCUCACUGUGAUCUCCACCCAGAGGUGGGAGACGGCUGCGGCGCUGGAGCGGGUGGAGUAAACCAGGCGUGUUAUGUUUCUGUGUGCAGAGCUACAUUCCCACCAGACGAGGGAGCGAGCCUCCCUCUGGACUCAGCCUGUCUGUCUGGCAGCCUGAGGAAAAAAAAACAGACGGACCGUCACAUGUCGAAAAUCCAACAAACGGUUUUCAUUUUAAACACACACAGAUGAUACCUCUCAUGGAUUCUACUUUAAUCUUUCUCUCUUCUCGAGCAGUGUGUGUGUUUAUGCCUGUGUAUACAAACACACACCUCUUUCGUUGGACCAAACGGUGAAGUCGGAUCACAUGGAAACGUCCUCUUCUUUUGUCGAAUGUACCAUGAAGCUGUAUUCAGACGUAACAAAUGUGGAUUCUGAACUUUCCAUCCGCCGUCUCACCGCCGCUCCUGGAGGAUCAUCCCCGCCCCGUAAAUCCGGCUCCAGCUUGACGAGCCAUCCGAUUGUGACGCUCGUGUGAAUGUCGUGAAGUUACAGCACAUUGUUUUUGUCCUCCAGGAUGCCUCUGACCAUGACUGAAUCACUCGUUGGCUGGUUGCACUUUAAGGAAAAGCCAACGUCAAAAGGAUUGUGGCAAUGUAGAGGCCUUUUUACGUGAGAAUUAAUGCAUAACAGCAGACUUUUACUGUUUGUUUUUGGGUUUCUCUUUGCGUGUUCUUCAAGUUUUCCUCUCCGAGAAGAGAUUCGUUUGACUUUGUCGGUCUUUGUUCCACAGCGGGAAAAAAGCAGGAAACUCAGAUUUUAUCCAGUCUGUUCUUUUAUAAUGGCAAGAAAAUAACUGGUGUUUAAAAAGGGAUAGACUGUUUUUUUUUUGUGAUGUUCUGUCAGAUGGUAAACAAUAGUUCUUAGCAGUGACAUCAAUCAUAGAGCACAGAGUAUGACUGAUAUAACAUCCCCCUGAAAAAAAAUGAGCAGACUAUCCCUUUAAAAUCAGUAUUUCACCAGAUUUACCAAGUGAUUGUUGUAGCACUCAAGAUGGAAUUCAAAAUCAAGACGUUUAGGUUACCGUGCACAAUUUCCAGAGGUAACCCAAAUUGCUGGUUCGCUCCCACCAAAUUUUACUAUCGAGGGUCCGCCAGGUCCCUCCACAGACAACCACACGGGUGUGUGCGCCUUUUGGUCAUUCGAUUUGUGCUUUAAAAACCAAUGUUGAAAAAUGAAAAAUGGAUGGUUAUUCUAUUUUAAUUUUCUACUCCAAAAAAUGGGAAAACGGUUCAUCUUUUUAAUUUCCAUCAGAUUGGACGUUUACCACCGUCAUCAGGGCAUCUCAACGCUGUCCUGUGGAGCCUGCUGUGGCUCCAGGAAACAGAGUCACAUUUGAAUCAUCUGGAAUGGACAGACUAUCAGUUUUCAAGGGAAAACUAGCGAGAUUAUAUGUUUCAUUAGUAAGAGACUUCUUCAGUCUGAGAGUUUCAGGCAAAAUUCAGGCUUUUGAGCCCUGCCUCCAUGUGACUGAUACUCACAUCACAUGGCUACUAACUAGCUAGUUCAAACUGUUUCCUGGAGCUUUUAGCACAUGAAGCCUUUCUCUAAGAGCUCAUUAUGAUGUUCUGGGUGAGUCACAGCAGGUUCUAACGCCUUGACGAUGAUUUCGGUGUGAAAAAAAUAAGACAAACAGUUUUUCCGUUUUUGGAGUACAAAAUGAAAACAGAAUAAGCAUCUUUUUUUUUAGUUUUUCAAUAUCUGUUUUUAAAAAGAAAACUGAAUGACCAAACCCAAAACGUGCGCAGAAAUAAACAACAUAUGAGAUUAAAUAAACACAAAAACAAGAGAAAAUGUUUGAUUUUAAUGCUUCUAGUUGAGCAAUAACCCUUCCUCCUGUGUUUCCUCUGUGGACAGAGCUGAAGAGACUCGAAGCGAUGGUACUGCAGUAUUACACCUGAUGUCUUGUUCUUUUCCUUGUCUGUUAAUAGAAAUUGUAAAUACGCUUCAAAUGUACUAUAUAUAAAUAUAUAUAUUUGCUUUUGUAGGUCAUAUACCGUUUUUUGCACAGAUUGUAAGGCUUGAUAUUUAAAAGUGUAAUUUUCUUAUCCUGUCAUAGGUUCGCUUUUAUUUUCAAUACUUUGAACCAUCGGUCAGGAGGAGAUCUCCUCUUUUGUAAGCCGUUUGUGUAGAUUUUCUUUUAUACUGCCACUCCCCGCCUCCUCGCAGUCAGAACGCACUUUUUUUUGUAACCUUAAAAUCAUAAUCCUCUUAUUUUCCUAGGAAGUAGUUUUAAAGUAUACAGGUGCUAGUGGGUUCUAAUCUCCUCUUUUUAAAUGUUUUUUUACAAAAAAAAUACAAAAAAAGAAAAAAACACGCCUAUACAGACAGAUUGUGUUCUUCUUCUACGAGUCCAGAUGUCUUACCAGUACGUGAGGUUUAUUAUUUCCUGAAUUUGGCCUCUUGCUUCCAUUUGUUCGUGAGGUUUUGAGUGUUUGGUUAUUUAAUUGUUCAGUCCGUGCGAUUUUUUUAAACCUGUUUUUUUCCAGGUGUUUCAUUUUAAGAGGCUACAUGAGAUUGUUUUUAAAUCCGCCAGUUAUUCGACAGCUGCUUCUUGGUGUUUUGUUUGAGUUUCCUUUUUGUUUUAACUGUAUUACCUGUGAAGCUUGUGUUGGGGAAAAAAAAUCUACCUUGUGCUCAAUCCAAAGAUUUUUGUUUGUCAUUCUGCAGUGCUUAGAAACAGUUCAGUAGAUCGUGCUGAAGUUGUUGUCUGCUUUGACUGUUGCACAUAACCUGUAUUAUACAUGGAGCAAACCUUUAACUCCAUAUACAGUAUUCUAUCCUCAUCUGUAUGAAGUAGAGUAGAGAGGUGUCGGGUUCUGCUGAGCUGUUUUGAAAUCUUUGUGUUUUUAUUUUUGAUGUUUUGUUUCUUUCUUUCUGUAGAUCUGAUGGCCAGUUGAUUUUUGUGGUGCUGUUCUUUCGCAGGAGAAUGUUCUUGUACGGAGGUUUUAUGUCUCAGAAGUAAAGCUUGGGGGUUUGUUUUCAACUCCUCCUCCCCCCCGGUGUCAGUGAAGAAUAUGAAAUUACAGAUAUUUUGGGGGGAAAAAAUAGGGGGGUGGGAAAGGUAUGUAUGUUUUCUUUAAAGGAAGGUAACUCGUCUUUGCUCAGACUCAAAAACACAUGUAGGGAAUUAUGCGGUCAUGAUGUAAAAAACGAAAACAAAACAAAAAAAAUACAAGAUGAUUCUUUUUUUUCUUAUCUUGUUUCUUGAUGUUAAUAUUGAUGUAAAUACAAAUUUAUAUUUAAACAUUA